AUGUCGGCCUCCCCACCCAAGGAACCCGAUGUCGAACAGAACGCACAUUCUGGUGAAGAGCAGGAUCAUAUGGAUCGCGAACAAGAAGGAGCUCAAGGUGCCGGUUUGGACUUUGAAGUCAAGGAACAGGAUCGAUGGCUUCCCAUCGCCAAUGCGCUGACUGGUGCGGCAUCUGGACCACUCAGAGAGCGCUGUCAACGUCUCACUCGACACAACAAGAUCCCCAAUAUGCCUUCCAGUUCUUCUGAGCAUGAACGCAAACCAUUGUCAUCCUCCUCCAAGCACCAUGGCGGUCGAUCAACAUCGUCGUCGUCUUCCUCCAUGUCAGCAAUGUCAGAUGCUAACAUCCGGAACUUUGCACCAGUGGCCCGAAUCAUGAAGACUGCCUUGCCCGACAAUGCCAAAAUCGCCAAGGAAGCGAAAGAAUGCAUGCAAGAAUGUGUGAGCGAGUUCAUCUCAUUCAUCACCAGCGAAGCGUCCGAAAAGUGUCAACAGGAGAAGCGCAAGACGGUCAAUGGGGAAGAUAUCCUGUUCGCCAUGACUUCGUUGGGCUUCGAGAACUAUGCAGAAGCACUCAAAAUCUAUCUCUCCAAGUAUCGCGAAACCCAAUCCACAAGGGGCGAGAACCAGAACAGACCUACCAGCAGUGGCGGGUAUGGGGGUGGCGUCGGGCCCGGCAAUGUCCAGGGCAAUGCCGCGACAGGCCCCCCCGGCUACCCAGGGGGGCAACCCGACAAUGCCACCGAACUAUUGAAUCAAGGGCACGGCAUGAAUGCAAACGAUCACGACGCGACCGGUCCAUAUGGUUAUCCCAGCGCCGUGUCCAGCGGCCACAAUGGCAUCGCCAGCGACAAUUUCUGA